AUGUUUGAUUCCUUCAAGCUCCAUUAUUCGCGGGUGCCCUCGUUUCAGCAGAUACAGGGCAAUUCCUCAACACCAAGUAGAAUAUUUCUACAGAUUGUGAUUUUGCAAGUGUUCUACUAUUUAACGGCAAUCAUCCUGUUCUUUGCCACGGCGCAGCUUCUAGGUUUGCCGUUUUCUUUCAAGUGGUGUUUCUCUUGGCAGUGGGUGUCAUUGGAGAACACUUUGGGGCUCACUUUGGCGGCAUUAUGGCUCUUUGACUCCUUGCUGAGCGUCUUUUUUAUCACCAUAAUCAUUGGACGAUCGAAACUAGCGUGGGACUACGCUCUUACGGUCCAUGUGGUGAAUCUGGCCCUAGUGUGGCUCAACUCAGGAUUUCCAACCAGUUUAUACUGGUGGCUGCUGCAGAUCUGCAGCUGUGCGAUCAUGAUUACACUGGGCACCUGGACGACUCGCUGGAAAGAGCUACGAGAAACGUUUUUUGACGGAAUAGCCGACACAGAGCUCGGUCAAAUGCAUGAGAGCGCUUCGACGAUAUCCGCGGCAACUACGACGGCCGAAAGAAAAUAG